UCGGAAACUACCUGGUCACGAUAAAGUACUUGACAAGUCAUCUUACGAUGAAUUUUUAAAGUUUAUGGAAAAGGAAGCAGCGAUGUUCAGUGAUGCUGAUGUUGUUGUCUUGCUUACCAGUGACCCCUUUGGCACUUUGUUACCUGGUGGCGCUGUUAGAUAUGGGCCUAUUGGUUCAGCAGCUGCUGGUGGUGCGUGCACUUCAUAUCGGGCGGCUGUGAUUACAGAGCAACCGAUGACAUUGACGGGGGUCUUGACAGUGGCUCACGAAGUCACACAUCUCCUCGGUUCUGCGCACGAUGGCCAAGCUGCUCCGUCAUACCUUAAGAGAAGUCCCGGUGCACAAAGUUGCCCAAAUGAUGCCAAGCAUAUAAUGAGCACCUACAGAGAAAGCAACAUUGUGGCAACAUUUUCGCAGUGUUCACUUGCCCAAGUGAUGGCUUUUCUUCGGGAAUCUUGGGCCCAGUGCCUUUUGACUGAUGCACCUAGACACUCAGUCAACGUUGUGCAGAAGAAAUUUUCUUCUGUGUUGCGGGACCCAAACGACAUUUGCGAAGAAUUGCACCCUAAAAGCAGCAGCGUUAAGUUUCUCCAGAAUCACAAUGAGCACGAUAUUAAAAAGUGCCACCUCCUAUGCGCGGACACCAGUGGCGGUGUGACGACAAUAUAUCGCCACAAAGCUCCCGAAUACACUUUAUGUGAUAUAUCGGCGGAAAACAGGACGAAGGUGUGCGUGCAGAUGAACUGUACUGAUAUAUUAUCACAGCUUACGACAUUCAGAAAAACCGUCAAAGAAGCUGCUUAAAGAGAGACUGCCAGCAGAACCGUGCAGAUGGGUUCCCAUGAAAGCAUGGAUUCUAACGUAUACAAUUGGUUUUCCAUAUAUAUUUUCAUAACGUCAACUUUCAAUGUC